AUAUAGAUGUGUGUAUCUGUAUCUACAUAUAGAGAGAGAGACACAUGUAUGUAUAUAUAAUGGCAGUGGAGAAGUUCUGGGGAGUAUGCAUACUGCCCUAUUUGUUAUAAAGGUGGGUGGAGGCUUUAUUGGUAUUUGCUCAGCACGCAGCUACACCACAGGACUCGCAUUUACGUACCUCGCUGCUUCUGGGAAAAGGGUGUGUAUCUGAAAGCCGUUGUAAACCCGCAGGAGCUUUCCUGUUGCGCCUCAAAUGCUGCCGUCUGAUCGGAGCCUUCUUUGCUGCAGCGUCCAUCAGAUGCCUCCUAGAUAACAUACUCAGUAGGGUUUUUUCCUACCAAAGACGUGCAUUUUAAAAAAAUGCUUUUCGUAGGAUUAAUGAGGAUCUCAUUCGGAAUAAGUUUUAUUGCAUUCUUGGAUGCGCUGAAGCAAACUCUACUUCUGCUUGAAAAGUGGUAGCUUUGUACAUCUCUCUUUCUCAAGGGAGGAAUUGAACCUUGAGAAACUCCUUUGCUCACCUGUUGCAACCAUUGCAGCCAUGAUGCCUGUCACAGCCGUGAUGCCUGAUGAUACGCCGAUGUUUGACCCGAAUAUCCUUCACGAGCUUGACUGGAGCGAGAACACUGCAACGUUUUCUCCUGCCAUUUCUCCAUUAGAUCCAGGGGAUGGAUUAGUUAUGAGACCUCUCUGCACUGCUGAUUUGAAUAGAGGAUUUUUUAAGGUUCUGGGUCAGCUGACGGAAACGGGAGCGGUCAGCCCGGAGCAGUUUAUCAAAACCUUUGAACACAUGAAGAGAUCUGGAGAUUACUACAUUACUGUUGUGGAAGAUACAAAUCUAGGGCAGAUUGUUGCUACAGCAACACUGGUUAUAGAGCAUAAAUUCACUCAUUCGUGUGCAAAGAGAGGCAGGAUAGAAGAUGUUGUGGUCAGUGGGGAAUGCAGAGGAAAGCAGCUUGGCAAACUCUUAAUGUCUACCCUUACAUUGUUAAGUAAGAGACUGAACUGUUACAAAAUUACUCUGGAGUGUCUGCCAAAAAACGUGGCUUUCUAUAAGAAGUUUGGAUAUUCAGUAUCUGAAGAAAAGUACAUGUUUCAACGGUUUUUCGAUUAAGAACUUCUAGCUCAUCUUUUGUAAAGACUUGGUGGAAGAUCCUGUGCUACAAGCUUUUUUCUUUCUUUUCUUUUUUUUUUUUGUUUUUUUUUUUGUUUUGUUUUUUGGUGGAAAAUUAAAAUAAUUUCUUGCUGCAAAUACAGUGACCCGUAUAGAUGCUGGACAACAAAUUGUGCAAAACCUGCAACCUUACUGACAUUGUAGAAGGUUUCUUUGGGGUGGGAAGAUGAGCUGGUUAGAACUAAUUUUACUACUGUUCAGUCUGAGUGAAGCUUUUUUUGUUCUUAGCUGGGUUAUGAGAGACUAUUAUAAAGGGGAUGGUUUUUAACCAAAGGUAUAUAUUUUUAUCUCAAAUUUUUUCUUGUCUCGUAUUUUUCUAACGUUUUGCGCUUAUUUCCUUGGUAGUCAAAGUGCAGGUAGCGGGGUCAGGCUUCUGCCUGCGCAUCCCUGGGGAAAAUGUCACUUGUAUAGGGACGCUUUGUAUUACACAAACGGCAAAGCAGAAUAGUACUAGUUUAACUUCAACCGUGACUCUAAAUGCUGGUGACGUGAAUGUACAAAAAGCUUCCUAGGCACCAUCUUCCCAAAAUUCAACUGUGUGCUUCCCUUGCAAUCUGUUUAGUGCAGGUUGCGCACUGUAGAUAAUUACUGGUUUUGCUACGGUUGAUAUUCCAAAAAUAUACAGUGUAUUCCAGUAGCCAACUAAAUGAAUACGAAUUCAAGCCCUGUCCUGUAGUGACUACCCUGAAGCUUUCACAGCGGUGAGUUAUUAAUCUGUGAAACAAACCCAAAGUUAUAAUUGCCUAAAGUGUAAAGCUGUUCCUAUCUUUGGUAAGACUAUCCUUGUUUCUAUUCUGCUUAGCUGUAAUGUCAUUCGAGGACAGGAGUUUAACUCCUGCCUCUGAAAAGGCAGUGACAUGUUCAGUCGGACUGACUUGCUGUACUUGAAUUCCACUGGGCCGGGUCUGCAGUCUUUGAGGCUAACUGCUUGUGCAUAUUUUGUAAAGAAAUCCCAAAUCCUGGUACCAAAGGCUUGAUGCUGCUUUGGCUCGCCCUUUCUGCUAUUAACAUUGGAUAAAUUAUUUUUAGCACUUUUUGCCACUGAUAGAAAAAAAAAGAAAAAGAAAAGAAAUGCAAACCCCUUUGUUUCAACAGGGACUUUUGUGUGAAGAGUGACAAGUCCUCGUGUUAUGAAUAGGGCAUUAUAAGUACAUGAAGGUUACAACAGAACAGCUAGUCUUGUUUGUGAACAAUUAGGCUUACAAAAUGUUCUUUCAUUGCAGCGUUGAAGACUACUUUAAAUUGUGGGGCUUCUAUUUAAUGUGACUGAUGGUACUCUCUACUUAAUAUGUCGUUUCCUUGACGGUGAUUAGGUUUUAUUUAUUGAUUGAUCUUUGUUCGGUUUUUGUUUCGUUUUUUUAUUAAAAAAUGUUUAAGCUAAAAUAAA